AUGGAACCUGCUCAAGACUUACUUGCCCGGUCCUUGCCACUACUCAUCUUUAUUGGCAGAACUCAAAAUCCAUCAGUCUCAUAUGAGUGGAUCUCUCGUGAACUGUUACAUCCAUGGGCUAUGUUCUAUGAAGAUAUACUUGCUGCACUUGAAGGCCUUGAUCUCAGUGACCUUAUCAGUCUAACUGAUUCACUUGAAAAUGAAAGGUUCCUAGUUGGGAAUGAGCUUGGCCUAACAUCUCGAUUCGAUUGGAAUGUCUGUGGUGCUGUGUCCAAGGCCUUAUCUGUCUCGACCCAACGAAAUAUCUGCUUUGGAGAUCUUCAUUGUGUCAACCCAAUGCCCUAA